AUGCAACAAGAAAAUUCUGCUGUGGACCAACGACCUAACGAUGUGACUAUGGAGGAUGAACAACCCAAUUAUUAUUAUUUGCAAUCUCCGACCAAAGAAUAUCCUGCGGUUGACGAGAGGUCUGGUAUCCAAGACACAGCAGCGUCGGAGCAUGCUCCAGAACAGCAAGCCUAUCAGUAUGAUACGAGUCAGUUGCACAUUUAUGAUGAGGAGAAUGAUUUUCAAAAUUUGAAAUCCCAUCCAAACACAAAUUCGGAAGAGGAAAUUCCUUCAAAUAAUAACAUUUUAGGGCUGUUUCACAUACCACAAGAAGUGAUGACUGAAAAUCCUCAAUUUUGUAAAUUAUUAUCCAUCAUCUCGGAUCAUAUUUCUCCAGAAAGUGGUAUCAGAAAAGAAGAGGAGAAGGAAUUAAAACGAUUAGAGUCGUUAUUGGAAAGAGAAAAACAAAAAUAUUUCCAGAAUUUAAUUAUUCUGGACACAGUGCGAGAUAUGAUCGAUAAUGAGAUUGAAUACAGAUAUGAUAAUCCAAAGCUUUACUCCUACACACUUCAUCAUGAAGGACCAGUUAAUAUUUAUGGAAUUGAUCCUCAACAAAGGAACCAAUCAGAUGACUCUAGCUUUGCGAAUGAUGUUCAGCAGCUGGUGAUUCCAGAGCUGGAAAGGAGAUUAGAAUUAAUGUACCAAGAUCUUUCACAAUUUUACCAACCUUUUCCCAAUCAACAUACAAGUAUUUUUGUGACAGAUACAACAAAUAGCCAAACAAAUCAAGAAAUAACUCUCACACACCUUGUGAAGCGCCAUUUAAACCAAAUUGCACAGGAAAAAGAAAGCAUAUUAGCUGAAAAGCAAAACCUUCACCAGUAUAUUUUUACUUAUUUCAGCAAAAUGAAUCAAUAUCUUCAAAUUCUGUGUACUUUGUUGGACAACUACAAGUGUGGCAGCUUUAGACAAUAUGACGAAUCAACAAUCUCGUGGCUUGUCCAGAGAACAGAGGCCAUGAAGCUGAAAUUAACGUCUAUUAAGUUCGAAUAUCUGGCAUCAACCUACAACAAACAAACAGUGCCCAUUCUUUACCAAAUGUAUAACGUUCUUGAUUCUACGUUUGAACAACUUCAAACUCAAAGCAGUCAUAUGGACGCAGAAAUUAAAAAGUAUACAUCUCUUGGUGAUGAGUUUGACAAGCUAGUAGAAGAGUUUGGAGUGAUCCUAAAGAAAAUUCAUGAGAAGCAAUGGGAGAUAGAGCAAUUGCAAACCCCAAAUGACUAA